AUGGCGACUUCAGAACAGGACAUGCCCUUUAUAAGGAACCUGGCGUCAAGCGAUCGCCGCAUCCGCACGAAAGCCCUGGCCUCCCUCCAGACCUACCUCACGGCGCAACGAAAGCUCGACCACCUGACGGCGCUCAAGCUAUGGAAGGGUCUCUUCUUCGCCAUGUGGAUGUGCGACAAGCCGGUGCCGCAGCAGAACCUCGCCAACGACAUGGCCGACCUCUACGCAUCGCUGCCGGGCGCGAAACCGAUGGACGCCAGCAAGCCCGACAGCAACGACAAUGUUACCAUCUGGUUCACGGCCGCGUACGAGGUGCUGGCGCCGCAGUGGACAGAGAUUGACGUGCUGCGCAUGGAGAAGUUCCUGCGGCUCGUGCGCCGCAUGUUCGCGGCACAGCUGCGCUGGGUGGGCGACAAGCAGUGGGCCACGGAGAGGCAGGACAAGACGAUCGCGCUGCUGAAGCAGUGGCACUUUGAGAGCGAGGGCGACGUCGGCCGCGUGCCGCCCGGUCUGCGGCUGCACGCGCUCGACAUCUGGGUCGACGAGAUGGAGAGGGUCGGGCUCUUCGAGGGCGAGGGCGAGGAGGCUGAGGCCAAGCUGGCGUUUGCGCACAGGCUGCGGGCAGAGCUCGUCGAGCCGCUGACGAGCUGUCCCAUCAAGUCUGUGCGGACGAGCGCGCGGGCAGAGCUCGAAGAUGAGAGGCUGCCGUGGAACCAGGGCAAGAUGGACGAGGAUGCCGACGGUGCCGAGGCUGUGGGCAAGGAGGGCGGCGACGACGAUGACGAUGAGUGGGACGGUUUCAGGGAUUAG